GUGAUUGUAUUGUUUAAUUCGGGGGAUACUACUACUGAUUGGAAUUGGAAGAGGGUAGUAGACAGAGAAGAGAGGUUGGGAUGGCGGAUCCGUACGAGCGGGUGAAAGGCGGAAGGUUAGCAUUCAAAGGAGGAAUCCUUGCCAGCCGCUCCAAAUCCAUUGACAAGAAGGGGAAGAAAAAGAAGAACAAGAACAAAGACACUAACCCUAACCCUAACCCUAAUCAUGAAGGUCAAGAAGAAAUCCUCCUCGAUAUGGACAACGACAAACAGGUUGAGGGCGAAGGUCAGGGUCAGGGAUCGGAAUAUACUAUCGAUGCAGCAAAGCGUAUGAAGUACGAACAACUCUUCCCUGUCGAAGCCAAGAAGUUCGGUUACCAACCCAAAACCAACUUCAAGUCAGUUGAGGAUGCUCUCGAUGAUCGCGUCAAGAAGAAGGCUGAUCGUUAUUGUAAAUGAGUACUCUAAUGUAGCAGGGGUGCCAUGGACCAUGCACUUUUCCCGCUGCUGUAAUGUAUUCUGUUUCAGACCUUUGAAUAUUUCGAACGGAUCAUUACAAUAGUAUGUUUAUGUAGAAUCAUGUCUAGUUCUUCUAUCAGUUACAGUGAUUAAUCCUCUUAAUUUUUUAUGCUAAUGUGGGAUAUGCACUGCUUUCAACUA